AUGCAUGUGAGUUUCAUCAUUCUUGCUAAAAUCAGAAUCUUGCAGAAACUUCCAAAAAAUUUCACUACAAAAUAUGGAGAUGGAAUUUCAGAUCCGGUGUUUCUCAACCUUCCAGAUAACACUGAAUGGAAAAUAUACUGGACUAAGCAUGAAGGUGAGAUUUGGUUUCGGGAGGGAUGGAAGGAAUUUGCAACACGCUAUUUUCUAGAUCAUGGUGACUUGGUGUUGUUUAAAUAUGUGGGAAUUUCUCGUUUUGAUGUCCACAUAUUUGACAAAAGUGCCGUCGAAAUAGACUAUCGUUCCCACUUCACUCAUGACAAUCCUGUUGAUUCUGUUGAAACUUUGGAUGAACAAUGUGAUGAUGGAACGGACAACAUUGUGUAUAAUAGUGAUGAUUCUGAGGAAAAUUUGGAUGAGCAAUGUAUCCGAAGCCCCAAUGGGGUAAACUUGCAUCAGGAUGAUCAAAGUAGGAGUGCUGGUUUUCAAAAGCCAAAAUUUACGAAGCAGAAGUUAGAUGGAGAAAAGGGAAAAAGCAUCUUUGAUGAUGAAUGCCCAAAAGUGGAGCAAUCAACUUCCUUGGUUUUAAACAGAGCGACGACUUCUAAAUCAAUGCAUCCUUCUUUCAAGCUUGUUGUGUUGCCAUCCUUUAUCAUUUCUGAUUCCCUGGUUAUUCCAUCAGAAUUUUCAGAACAAUAUUUGAAGAAGACACGUGCAGUUGUCCUCCUUGAGGUCACGGAUGGGAGAAGUUGGCCUGUAAUUUUUUCUGCUCCUAGAAUUAUUGCUGGAUGGAAGAAAUUUGCAUCAGAAAAUAAUUUGAGAGUGGAUGAUGUCUGUGUGUUUGAGCUGAUAACGAAGAUCCAGAGUCUGGCCUUCAAAGUUUCCAUUAUCCCAUAUGCAGGAAAACCAACCACACCCAUUUCACAUGGCACGCUUUCUGCUGGGUGGCCCAUGUUUUCAAGAGCAAAUAAACUGCGAGCAGGAGAUGUUUGUAUCUUUGAGUUGGUCAACAGAGAAGAUAUAACACUUGAUGUUCAUGUUUUUAGAGAUCAUAUUGAGGAUAAUAGCAGAACAGAUAUAGAUGGAUGGAGUGAUUAUUGA